UCCCACCCUCCGGCUUCCUAUUGGCCAAAUCUAGGUCAGUGCUCGCCUUCCCCCGCCCAUCGCCUCCCCCCCCCCAUGGCCCGGACACAUGACCGGGCCGGGCGCACGAGUCUGGGCCUUGGCAAACAUUCCCAGCCCGCCGAUUGGCUCGGCCGGAGGCCGCUCGGGUUCAGGCCCCGCCCACUUCUGCAAGCCCCGCCCCCUUUCCCCCAAAGCGGGGAGUCGGGCAAAAAAAGAGAUUAAAAAAAAAAAAAAAGCCACCCAGCAGCCACCGACAGCUCGAGGCGCUGGCGGAGAUCGGGGGGCCGCUGAGCUGAGAUCGGGGGGGCGCAAACUUCCCAGCAACGCUGCACCCCCAAAACCUUGGGGGUGCCCCCGCCAGGAGAGGCCGCGGUGCUGGUGGGAGGAAGGAAGCUCUGGCUCCUGCCCUGCGGACCCCCCACCCCCGGGCCACUGUGACACUGGCAGGCGUGAGAAGUUUUUUUUCCUGCUGCAGAGAAGUGGGUGCCCGGGAGCUGCCAGGCUAAGGGGGGAGCCGGCUGUUUUGGGGAGCUGGGAUUUUUUUUUCAGGGUCUCCACAGCAGGGAUUUGCUGGAGCGUGUUGCCGGAGCAGAUCCUUUCAGCUGCAAGGGAUCAGCCGGGAAGCUCUCCUGGCCCUUGGGAUCCCCAGCUCCCGUGGGCACAGCGGGGAUCCCCGACGGGUCAUGGCCAGGCCAGCGGCCCAGCUGGGCGCCACGGAGCGGCUCCCGAACCCUUUGUUCUCCUCCCCGCCGCUGGGGGUGCCUGGGGCCAGCAUGGUCAGCCUGAAGAGCCUCCUGCAGGGGCCCAUCAAGAGCCCGGAGCGCAGGCCCAAGGACCUGACCACCUGCCUGGCCAAGGAGAAGGAGCGGAAGAUGGAGGAAGAGCUGGGGGGCGCCCGGGCAGGACAGUGUGCCUACCUGGGCUCCCUGCUGUGGGAGCGCACCCUGCCCUAUAGCGAGAUCGAGUACGUGGACCUGGACGAGUUCCUGCUGGAGAACGGGCUCCCCCCCAGCCCGGCUCAGCCACCCUUCUCCCCAGCCAGCCAGGCCACCAGCUCGCCCUCCAGCGGCAUCGCCGUCGACCUCAGCCGCCCGGCCUCCUGCACCUCCUCCACCUGCUCCUCGCCCGCCGAGUGCCUGGGCAGCAGCGACGGGGACCAGUGCUGUGCCACCGCAGGUCCGGUGACCCCCGCCUCCCGGAACACGCCCAGCCCGGUGGACCCCGAGGCAGUGGAGGUGCUGAUGAACUUUGACCCUGACCCCGCGGACCUGGCACUAUCCAGCGUCCCAGGGCACGAGACCUUCGACCCCCGGAAGCACCGGUUCUCAGACGAGGAGCUCAAACCGCAGCCGAUCAUGAAAAAGGCGCGGAAAAUUCAAGUGCCGGACGAGCAAAAGGAUGAGAAGUACUGGAACCGGCGCUACAAGAACAAUGAGGCAGCCAAACGCUCACGGGACGCCCGGCGCCUCAAGGAGAACCAGAUCACGGUGCGGGCCGCCUUUCUGGAGAAGGAGAACGCCGUCCUGCGGCAGGAGGUGGCCAGCAUCCGCCAGGAGCUCUCCCGCUACCGCACCAUCCUCACCAAGUAUGAGUCUCAGCAUGGCACCUUGUAGGAUGCCGGCCGCCUGCACCGCCACACACCCCGGCCCCCCCGCGGAUGGCGGGGAGGGGCUGCUUCCCCACAGCAAGGGGGUGCCCUUUUUCCCCUUCCCCAGCUCCUGGGCUCUCCCUGUGCGGGGGCGUUUGGGCUCCAGCCAGCUCCAGCGGAUGGAGGUGACUGUCCAGGAGCAAGGAGAGACAUUGGCUCGGAACCGGACCCUGCUCCCCCUUCCCUGGCAGAAGUGGGGAGCCCAGCUGACUCUUUCCCGGGGAGCGGGCCGGAGUCGGGGGGGGUCUGAACUGGUGACGUGUCGUCCCCCCCCCAGCCCUGCAGCAGGAUGAAGCAGGGGUUUGGGUGGGCAUGCGCACACACGCGCCCCACCCCACCAAAUGGAAGAGGUGGGUGGGAGGCACAGAGCCAAUCGGUGGCGGGGUUAUCUGAUGAGGGGGGCUGGGAGCCAGGACUCCUGGGUUCUAUCCCCCACUCUGGGAGGGGAGUGGGCUGGGAGCGAGGACUCUUGGGAGGCAGGACACCUGGGUUCUGUGACUGGCUCUGCCACUGUCUAAUGUGACCUGUGUAAGCACCGCCAGGAGAGCCUGUCAUUGCCUCAGUUUCCCCAUGGUGCCCACGGGGCGGGGGGGCAAGGGCUCCCCCUGAUGGCCGUGUCCCCCCAGCUGUACCGCUUCCUGGCGCGCCGCACCAGCUCCCGCUUCAACAAGGUCGUCCUGAAACGCCUCUUCAUGAGCCGCACCAACCGCC